UGUUUUAGAGUAUGACAUUAUAGCUUUCAAAGAGUAUUUCUUAAAGGGAGUAUAUGGUGACAAAAUGAGUGUUUCCGAAGUUCGUCGUGUCUCUACAACAAAAGUAAGGCCGGCAAGUUACAUCCAUAAAUCUACAGAUAACUUUAAACGGAUUGAUUUAAAUCCAUGGGAUAUACUAUUUUUGCGGCAAGUAUAUUCGCAACGGGGUCUUCUCUUUGCUAAAUCGCAAUCAUUUCCCGGGCGAAAAGAUGAAGAUGGAAAGACAAACAAUAUUGUUAUCAGUAACAUGAUAAGUUCCAUGUCACAUACACUUGAUCAUUUUUUUCCUCUAGCUGGUCGUCUUGGCAUCAAAAAUAAUGAAGAUGAUAACACGGUCUCCGUUUAUAUCAACUGCAACUUUGAGGGAGCAGAGAUCAUUCAUGCCACUGCAGACAUAUCAGUGAAGGAAAUCGUCGCUCAGACCUAUGUUCCUGCAAGCGUAAUAGAUCCAUUGUUUUCCCUCAAUGGGGUAAGAAACUACGAAGGUCAGUCACAUCCUUUACUCUCUAUACAAAUAACUGAACUUCUAGACGGUGUGUUCAUUGGGUGUAGUGUAAACCAUUCUGUUCUUGAUGGUACAUCAUUUUGGAAUUUUAUUAAUUUGUGGUCUGAGAUUUCUAGAUCUUCUGAUAAUCAUACUCCUUGUCCUCAUCCGGUCUUUGAGCGUUGGUUUAUCAAGGAUACAGAUUGCCCCAUCCGUCUUCCGUUCUCUGUGGCUGAUGAAUUUUCGGUAGGAAUGAAUAUCUGUAAUACUAAAGCUUUGGUGUUUAAGGGUCAUGUAGAGAAAAUUUUCCAUUUUACUAAAGAAAACAUUGCAAAAUUAAAAGCUAGGGCGAAUUCUGAAAUAAUUUCUGAAACAAAACAAAAUACAGCACUAAUCUCUUCGUUACAAGCUGUAUUGGCUCACCUUUGGAUAGCUGUAUUGCGUGCUAGAACUAUCAUAGAUAGCACUUCUGACGAAAAUGAAAAGACUGCAUUUGGAUUUGUGACAAAUAACAGAAGUAAGUUGAUUCCACCCUUGCCAGAAGCUUACUUUGGUAACUCAGUAUCUUUGCUAAUGAUAACUGCAAAGGACGACGAGGUGCUCCAGAGGGGAUUUGGGUUCCUAGCUUCGUUAUUGAAUGAGGUUGCUAACUCUAACACUGAUGGAAGGAUUAGAAGUGAACUCGAACGGAUAACAGAGAAACCUUUUAUCAUAAGUGACGAGGCAGGAAAUACAAAGAAGGAUCUAUGUACGAGGAGUUCCCAUAGAUUCAACAUGUAUGGAAACGAUUUUGGUUGGGGUCGACCUAUUGCCGUGAGAACCGGUAUCCGUGGAAAAUCAAGUGGAGUGACUACUGUGGAUGAAGGACCAGUUGAAGGAAGUAUUGACAUUGGUAUCAGCCUUCCAAUUGAGGUUUUCGAGGCUCUGGAAAAUGAUGCUGAAUUCAUGAAAGCCUUCAUAUUUUAACCUUUUCUAAGAUCUUAAAUAAUGAUGUACUCAGUAAUUGUUUUCUCUACUGCUUUCACCUAUCCGUCCUGUACCUCCAUUUGUACAUGCAUGGAACGUUGUAGACUCAAGACCCAAUUGUCGUAAAACAGCUGAAGAGUGGUCUAUUCUGAUGGGAAACCGACGAUUACAUCCAGCAUCUUCUUAAAUCUAUUUUAUCUCGAAUUUGUAUCCAUCAUUUCUUGUCGUAUAUUUCAGCAUUUUCUCAAAUCUAUUUAAUUCAGCAUUUUCUCAAAUCUAUUUAAUUCAGCAUUUUCUCAAACCUAUCUAAUGGUUUUCAAGUUAGUUAUUGUUCUAGUAAGUUAAAUUUAGUAAAUAUAAUUGUUUUUGUUAAGCUUGUAAGUUAUUGUUGGGAAAAA